AGACAGAAUUUAGAUUCAAACUGCAGGAGAGAAUUUAAAUAACUCAGGGUCUUUGAUUUGCUUAUCAAAACAAAUAACCGAGAACAAUUUUUCACCGCCGUAUAUCGGUGGCUAUGUAUAUCUGAUCAUUCGUCGAGGAUUAUCGAGGUUUACAACGAAGAACAAACAGCAAAAAUGAGUUCAGAUGUUGUUAAAGCGGACGUUGACACUCCAAAAGAUACGAAAGCGGAUAAAGCGGCUAAAAACUUAAAACCAACGAAAGGGAAAGAGCUAACGCCUGGCACGUCAAGUAAAACUCGUCCUCCAAGCACCGUCUCCGUUACUCAAUCGAUGGCUACGUCGUUUUCAAGACAAGACGGCCGACGCGUGCCCGAAAUUGCCAUGGAGAACACAUUUAAAAUGACACCUGAUCGGAAAUUUCCCGAGGGCGACGUUCGCUCCAUACUCAAGGAAAUUCUAACGGAGAGGCUGGCAGAAGCAAAGUACGAUGCGGAUCAGUGCAGGCAGCUUUCCAAAACAAUUUCUGACACGGUGAAAAACCGCGUGAAGGAUUUAAACAUUCAGCGUUACAAGAUUAUUUGUCUUGUGCACAUUGGACAGCUGGGGAAUCAAGCAAUGCGCAUCGGAAGUAGGUGUCUUUGGGAUACAAACUACGACACAUUUGCUUCGUUUGAAUUCACAAACGGGUCGCUCUUUGCGACCGCUACGGUUUAUGGCGUUUAUUUUGAAUAGUGCACUGAUUAAUUUAACGCAGGGAAAUAAUUACAGACCAUUUUAUGUUCAUAAAACCACGUUUGUGAUGAGCUCUGUAACGUGUCUCAACGACCAAAAAGAGCGGCGUAAAAAUUAGAUUUAAAAGCGUUUUAAGAUAAUAUAAAUUGUAGCAUUUACGUAUCUUAUGACCGAUUUUUUCUACUAAAUUUUUAAUAUAAUUCACCUCUACAUAUUCUAUUUGAUUACCUAGUAACAUUCCAUUGAACU